UACAAUAUAGUAUAGAGAGACGCCACUGCGAACAAAACAAAGGAAAGCAACAAUAAUACACUAACCCUCGACGACUGAAUCGCCAAGACUGCGUGUGUGUGAGUAUCCGCCAUGAGAAUCAGCUUCUCAUCUUCGCUGUUGUCCUUAUUUUUCACUGUAUACCUCUCGCUGUAUUUCGCCGCUACGCCGUCUGCUUUCCAGUCCGACGAGCUCCUAGUCGACGACGAAGAAUUCGGCAUCGAGGGGGGCCGAUCUCCCGAUCCGGCAAGCACAACCCGACCCACGUAUACUCCGCCGUCCACUCGGAAGCGGGCAUUUGAGUCGGGUUCGGAUCCGGACUCCAAAUUACAGUUCACACUCGAGCACGCCUUCGGGGACUCCGACUUUUCGCCCGCCGGCACAUUCUCCGCUCGGCUCAAGACGUCGACGCAUGGUGGUCAGACACUUACGAAGCUUCGGUUCUCAAGGAAUGUCUUCAGUGAGACAGAGAAGGAGAAUUUCAAAAGACUUUUGGAAGGAGAUGACUUCUAUAGAAUAAGACUGCCAUCUAACGUGCUAAGCCCACCUGGCAGAGAGUAUAUUAUCUCAUCUGUGAAGGCGAGAUGUCUGCCACGGGAAGCAUUGGAUGAGUAUUUUGUGAUACACAUGGAGGGUGUAAAUAUAUUGGCUGUUAAUUAUGGUUCCCCAGGAUCUUGCCAGUAUCCCCGUCAGUUGAAACUUCCUACAAAGUGGUCUUUUAAGUCACAUACAGUCUUGAAGAAUAGUGAGCAGGCUCCUAGAACUCCAGUAUUUACAGACGAAGCUGUUGGAGAGAAUGGAGAAGGUGAAGAGGUGAAGCCACCAGAGAGGUCCUUCUGGGCUAAAUACUGGAUGUACUUGAUUCCUCUUGGGCUCAUUGUCAUGAAUGCCGUGACUCAGGCCAUGAACAUGGCUGAGGAACAGCCUAAUGGGCAGCCAGGCUCACAAACACAAGCAGCGGUUGCAGCACGUGGUCAGGCUACUGCAGUGCGAAGAAGAUGAUCAAUUUUUACAAAACGUUUGAGUAACAUAUCUUCCAGUUUAUUGCUGGUAUAUGACCACUUGAUGGUAAGAUUAUUGAUUUUGAGCUGGAACUGCUUAUGGAGAACAAGGCCUCCUACAGUUGGAAAGCGUUUAUCAUCAUGGGAGCACUCUUGCAGGGGAUUUAGUUCCAAAGAACCCAGGGUAUUUCUUCUGUAAAACGACGAACCAUUGUCAUUUUACUUCUUUUGCAGGAUGUUCUUAUAAUUGGAAGAACGUACAUUUCUUCACGAACUGCUCUAAGCAGAAGUGGAUAUAUAUUUGUUUAGACAAGACGAAACUCUGUACUAAGUUGCUUCUUCAGUUGGUUGGGUUCAAACGUGUACUAUUUUUGUUCUAUAAUGAGCAAGUGCAUCAUAACUUAGUUUCUUCACUGGCAUGUGCCAGAAUUCA